UUCUUCCUCGAUGGAUACAUAAAUAUGCCGAUUUGCAUUACAGCACAUGGGAGUGAGAAAAAUUGAAAGAUGAUAAGCGACAAUAUGAAGAGAGAGAAUGCGAGAUAAGCCAAAAAAGAUGUGAUUUUUCAUUUUGAAAUCUUGAAAUUCCAGUGCUUUCCUGGUUACCCUCCUCUCUUCUCGUGUGGUGUUCUUACCUCUCGCUUUAAAGCUCUUUUGCCUGUGUGAGAGAAUUCAACUCUUCUUCUCUUUAAGGCAGUGACUUCUCUCAAUGCUCAUCGGAUCUGGGGUUCCUUUGCUUUGCCAUAAACGGUUACUUCAUUUUGUUUUCUGAACAGGGGUUGGAAUCAGAAUUGAGAUCGUGGCAAUAGAGCUUAGAAAGGAAGAGGGAGAACUUUGAUGGUAAUAUCCAGUUUGUUACUAUUUUGAAACGUGUCUGAAGUGCAAGUUUGGGAGGCAUCUAAAUUAUUAUUGUCAGUUGAACGGUACAUCUUGAUGAUUUCUGGUUCGUUCAGGAGGCCAGUUUGCAUUAUGGGUUAAAUUCAAGGAUUUGGUUAAGGGUGAAAUUUUGAGGGAACUUUUGUGCCUCUACUAAUUUUGCAGUAUAACAUAGAGGAAAAAGUUGGAUUUGGGUUUGUGGCUUUGCGAAAUGGGGAUGGAUCAUAAAAAUGUAAGAGAUAAAGAUGACGAAGUUGAUCUUGAAAUUGGAUUAAGUGUGGAUGCGGAUGAUUUGAGGAAAAUUUCUACUCUAGACAGUGCUGGAAAAGGAGGGACGCUAUUUGCUAAGUUUUCUAGGGAUUAUGCAAAGGGUGAUGAUAGGUUAACUUUAUGCUGCAAUGAAUCAAAUUUAAGUGGAGUUCCUAUAGUGCAUAUGUCGAAAGUGACUAGCAUGUCAUUGCCAAGGGAAAACUCAGUAGAUAGUGCAACAAAGACCACAGUGAAAGAGAAACUUAAAAAGUCCAGUAAUAAAAAGGCUCCCAGACCACCAAGACCUCCACGAGCUCCGUCCUUGGAUGCAGCUGACCAGAAGUUAAUCAGGGAGAUCACUGAACUUGCCAUGUUGAAGCGUGCAAGGAUAGAACGCAUGAAAACCUUGAAGAAGAUGAAAGCUGCUAAAUCAACUUCAUCAUCAAGUAGCAGCAUAUUUUCCAUGGUUUUCACUAUUGUCUUCUUUAUUGUGAUUAUAUCCCAAGGGAUGUCAUCAGGAAAAGGUUCAGUGGCAAGCUUCCAGGGAUCUCCUGUGCCUGCUGGAGGAAUAGAGGGUGACAUGAUUUCAGUUCAACACCAACUUAAUCCAUCUGCCAGCUACUUGAAUGCGCCUGGUUCAGAGUCUUUCAAUUUUGCACAGCCAAUCACAAACUCAUAUUUGCCAGAAAAACAGCCAAGAGACCCAGGUUAAUACAGUUUAAACCAGAAAAAUAAGCAUGCCACGUCCUGUGUUUGGGGAAGAAAGAAGAUGGGGAAGUGCACCUUGUGCUUCUGACAAAAGCCAUUUUAUUUUCUUCUGUGUUUAAAUGUAGUUUAGUGUUCUCCUGUAUGUAUUAAUCUGUGUGGGGAAGAGGUAGGUCUGCCAUGUUCUUCAUUGGCCUUUGCCUCCUGAUGAUGAUGAUGAUGAGGAUGCUUGUUGUUGCCUCCUCUGCAACUUCCUUGUUGGUUAAUUGCUUCAGAAAUGUUCUUGGAACAAGAGAAAAUGGCAAAAGAAGUUAUUAGGGUUUGAGCAGUUUUUGCCUUUUGAGGCUUGUUGAAAUAGGUCGGGUCAGUUACAAGAACGUACGGCACUCAAAUAAGGAUAUGCACAAAAUAUGUAAUGUUCAAAAAUAAUUUGAAUUCCAUUGCUUGAGUAUUUGGAUA